AUGACAAAACCUGACGGUUCUUCUAUACUUUUCACCAUCAUCACCUUCACAAUGCUUACCACUGUUCUUUUCUCGUCUCUAUUCCUACUAACCAGUGCACAACCAUGGAAGCGAAGUACCUUCAUCGAGCCUGUCACAGACUGUUCUCAAUUUCCAUCCUACGACAAUCACACAAAGAUUGCCGGACCUUGGACACUCAAGGUUGAUGGCUGCUACAAUGGAACGGCGACUCGGGGAUUAUGCAGCAUCGAGGGCUUUGAAUCCGGUCAGGAUAUCACACGACAGCGAGAAGAUAGACCUAAGACUAUCGAGCAUGGAUUCAUUACAAUCGUAAGCGACCAAAAUAACCUCAAAACAACGCUCCGCUGCAACGGCGCCCUCAACCAAAUUGAAGCAUACGUCCUCUCCGGUCCCGCCCCGGGCGCACUGGACUGGCACGCCGUCGGAAUAGACCACCACCCUAGCACAGGACGACUGGUCUGGGGCAAACCAAAAGCCGCACCUGUACAGGCAUACAGACAUUACCACCGCGGUAUACCUGAUGAAGGGCUGUUUCUCGGAUCGAACAAUGAGACCAACUGGACUAUACACUGGUCGGGGAGGGAUGUAAGCAUUACAGAUCUGAAGACGUAUUGGGUUAUGCGACUCAUGAUUCCCGAGACGAGUAUUCGGGAGAAUGAGUUUAGGACAUUGAUUCGGAUUGAUGGGAGCUGA